UGUGCGCUUGCGCUGGGAUCCUGGGGCAGGGUUCGCGGGCUCCUGGCGGCGGCGGCGGUCGGCGGCUCAGGCGGUCGUGGAGGGCAGAAAGGAGCGGUCCGGCGGCGCGGGACGCGGCGGUGUCUCUGAUACAGAUUUAAAGGUGCAGUAUCAUGGUUAUGAAAGCUUCGGUAGAAGAUGAUGAUUCAGGAUGGGAACUCAGUGUGCCUGACAAGAUGGAAAAGAGUAAUACAAGCUGGAUAGAUAUAACCGAGGAUUUUGAAGAAGCUUGUAGAGAACUGAAGUUAGGAGAACUGCUUCAUGACAAGCUUUUUGGUCUUUUUGAAGCCAUGUCUGCCAUUGAAAUGAUGGAUCCCAAGAUGGAUGCUGGUAUGAUUGGAAACCAAGUUAAUAGAAAGGUUCUUAACUUUGAGCAAGCUAUUAAGGACGGCACCAUUAAAAUAAAGGAUCUCACUUCACCUGAGCUGGUAGGAAUAAUGGACACAUGUUUUUGUUGUUUGAUAACAUGGUUAGAGGGACAUUCCUUGGCACAGACCGUAUUCACGUGCCUUUAUAUUCAUAAUCCAGACUUUAUAGAAGAUCCUGCUAUGAAGGCUUUUGCUCUAGGGAUCCUAAAAAUCUGUGAUAUUGCCAGAGAAAAGGUUAACAAAGCAGCUGUUUUUGAGGAGGAAGAUUUUCAGUCAAUGACUUAUGGAUUUAAGAUGGCCAACAGUGUGACAGAUCUUAGAGUUACAGGUAUGCUAAAAGAUGUAGAAGAUGACAUGCAAAGACGAGUGAAGAGUACUCGAAGUCGACAAGGAGAAGAGAGAGAUCCAGAAGUUGAACUUGAACAUCAACAGUGUUUAGCUGUGUUCAGCAGAGUCAAGUUUACCCGGGUACUACUGACUGUUCUAAUAGCAUUUACCAAAAAAGAGACGAGUGCUGUUGCAGAAGCUCAGAAACUAAUGACUCAGGCAGCUGACUUGCUUUCUGCCAUACACAAUUCAUUGCAUCAUGGUAUCCAGGCACAGAAUGAUACCACUAAAGGAGAUCAUCCUAUUAUGAUGGGCUUUGAGCCCCUUGUUAAUCAGAGAUUGCUGCCACCAACUUUCCCUCGAUAUGCAAAAAUAAUUAAAAGGGAAGAAAUGGUCAAUUAUUUUUCCAAACUAAUAGACCGAAUAAAAACUGUAUGUGAAGUAGUCAACUUAACUAAUUUGCACUGUAUACUGGAUUUUUUCUGUGAGUUUAGUGAGCAAUCACCGUGUGUUCUUUCAAGAUCCCUGUUACAGACAACUUUUCUGGUAGAUAACAAGAAGGUGUUUGGCACUCACCUCAUGCAAGACAUGGUAAAAGAUGCUUUAAGGUCUUUUGUCAGUCCUCCCGUACUUUCUCCAAAGUGUUGUCUUUAUAAUAAUCACCAGGCGAAGGACUACAUUGAUUCCUUUGUGACACAUUGUGUUCGGCCAUUCUGUAGUCUGAUUCAAAUCCAUGGACACAAUAGAGCUCGUCAGAGAGAUAAACUAGGUCACAUUCUUGAGGAAUUUGCCACCCUCCAGGAUGAGGCGGAGAAAGUAGAUGCAGCACUUCAUAGUAUGCUGCUGAAGCAGGAACCACAAAGGCAACAUCUGGCUUGCUUGGGCACCUGGGUCCUAUAUCAUAACCUUCGUAUUAUGAUACAGUAUCUUCUGAGUGGCUUUGAAUUGGAACUUUACAGUAUGCAUGAAUAUUACUACAUAUAUUGGUACCUAUCAGAGUUCCUCUAUGCCUGGUUGAUGUCAACACUGAGCCGCGCUGACAGCUCUCAAAUGGCGGAGGAAAGAAUAAUGGAGGAACAACAGAAAGGCCGUAGUAGUAAGAAGACAAAGAAAAAGAAAAAAGUUCGCCCUCUCAGCAGAGAGAUCACCAUGAGUCAAGCAUACCAAAACAUGUGUGCUGGGAUGUACAAGACAAUGAUCGCAUUUGACAUGGAUGGCAAAGUAAGAAAACCUAAGUUUGAACUGGAUAGUGAACAAGUUCGAUAUGAGCACAGGUUUGCUCCGUUCAACAGCGUUAUCACACCACCCCCAGUGCACUACUUGCAGUUUAAAGAAAUGUCUGAUUUAAAUAAGUACAGCCCACCUCCUCAGUCGUCAGAUCUGUACAUGGCAGCUAGCAAACACUUCCAGCAAGCUAAAAUGAUUCUUGAGAAUAUUCCUAAUCCAGACUAUGAGGUCAAUCGAAUUCUAAAAGUUGCUAAACCCAAUAUUGUGGUCAUGAAGCUGCUGGCAGGAGGCCACAAAAAGGACUCUAAGGUCCCUCCAGAAUUCGACUUCUCCCCUCAUAAAUAUUUUCCAGUUGUGAAGCUUGUUUGAAAGACAGAUUAUUGUUAGGAUACCUGAAGCAUAAUCUGUGUAUCAGAUACCAGUUGUAGGAUGGAUUAUCUAGUGCUGUACCCAGACUGAGAGGGAUCUCUAGGAUAAAAGUACUGUUACAUGGAAUAUAUAGUCUGCCUUCAUUACGUAAUCUGAAUGACAACUGCUGUUUUAAAGUGGUUUGUAUAAAGCUUUAUGGGUGAAGCUGAUUUUAAUCAACUGUAUUGGUGAAGAAUGUUGUACCUUAGUUGAUUUUAUUAAAGAUUUAAUCAUAAAUCAUUUUUAUAAAUGAGCUCUGACAGAAAAUGGUGGUUUAGGGAUUUAGUAACAUUUGGGACUGAACAAUGCAGUAGAGCCUCAUGUCUGAUAGGCACAGCUGAGCUACUGAAAUUCUGCUUUGGACAAAGCCACUUGGAAAGACUCUGAGUUUCCAUAUUUUUACCUAAAUUACAUCAAAUUUGCUCACUUUGCAAGUAGAAAGACUGGGUUCUUUUAUUCCCCAGUCCUGCAAGCUAAAACAAUCUUUAUAGAAAUUAAGAACAGAUGAAAACUAGUCAUUUAGCUCCUACUGCACUGCAUUCAGCAAUAUUUGUUUUACUGAAGUCAAUUCUCUAGGAGGUAUUUUGUCUUAAAUGUAGAAGUCCUUGAAGACAGUGAGAAAUGAAAUUAUUUCUAGUUGCAGUUUCUUUUUUUGUCUUUAUUCUUCAUGGUACUGGAGAAUCUGCAUAGCUAAUGCUGUAAUAGGCACUAGCAACACAGGAACAUAAGAUACUAGGCGUGUAUGUUAACUACUCUGCAACUUUAUUUCAAUCCUGUUGUUACUUUGCCAUUGCAAAGGAGGGAUUGCUAAUUUGUUCCAUUGCUGAGUCAACUCUUGCAUGACUUUUAUUCUCUUGUUUUGACUGCAAUGCUGCUGCUGGGUUCUACUGCCUUCUUUAAUGAUUAAUGCAGGUAGAAAUCCCAGGCAGGAGGAGCUCCAAACCUACCUUUUUCUUCCUGGAACAGGUCUUCCUCUUGUGCUUCCAGAUGUGAAAUAAUAGGUUAGCUGAUGUGUUGAGCAACCUUCCGCUACAAGAUCGAAAAAACAAAAAACAUUUAAAAAGCUGACUUGCUCUUUGAUAAACCAUAUUGCCAAGUCGUAACCUGGGCCAUAAAAGCAAAUCUUCCAGGUUUGCCUGUGCUGGACAGGACAAUUCUUCAUUUUGGUGCAAAAUGGCUUCUUCCAUAGCGAUGAGCUUGUAACUCUUUCUUGAACAUGCAAGACAGUUGUGUUUCUCCUAACAUAUAGUUGUACUGUGGAAUAAUACCACUUCAACUCCAUCACCUAAGCAGCAGCACUGCUGAGCUAGAGCUGGAAAACAGUGAAGGAAUUCUGAAGUGGAACACCCAUUUGUCUGCCAGCAAUUUGCAGCUUCUUGAAAGAAGCAGAAGUACUGCCCUGAAUACAUGCUUUUCCUGAUUUCUUUGCUAAGGAGGUUGCACACCAUUUUACAUGUUUGCUUAUCAUCAUGACUAAUACACUUGAAUGCUUCUAUAUUGUUGCCAAAGGAAUGAAAAUCCUGGAAAAUAAAAAGUAGUCGUGAACAUGGCAAACUGGUUCUAGUGUAGGGCACUGAGAAUUCAUCUGGCUUUUGCUGCCUUCUUGUAAACAAUCACAAAAAUCUUUCCUGUCUUAAAAAUCUUGAACUACAUGACAGCAGCUCAAGGACAGCCUUUGGUAUUUCUCCAAAGGAAGCAGCAAGUAAAAGAGAAACCAAGUUCUACAUCACUUAUAGAACUAAGAAAACAGGAAUGAUCAUCUUUCCCAUUUUCAUGAACAUUAAAAGUGGAUGAAUUAUAGAGAAUAAGGUGAAUACAGAGUAGAGAAGAUUAUUUUUAUUUUAAAAUACGAUCAGGCUUAGUUUUUAAAAAAACAUCAACGACAAGUGUUAAUUUAACUCCAAGAUGAUUACAGCAAAGAAGCUUUCCCUGUCUUGCACAACUAAAAAUUUUAGUGAUAGACAACACUAUGUAAACCACAGUUCCAAAUUAAUCUCUUGUUUUGUUCAACUAAAAGUCCUUUAAUUUUAAAAUUCUAAUUCUAUAUAGUAGACAUACAGGCCCCUUGUCUACUAGAAAUCUACUACCCUAGUUACAUUCCUGUAGCACUUGAAGCUGUUGAGAGUAAGACUGCAUUCCUUUAUGGUUUUGAAGGUUGCUCUUAUGCAGGUUUUCAGACCCACUACUGUCAGAGAUGUAACAAGUGUCCUUGUACAAAGGUAGUCUUGUUUAUGGAAAGGACAACAUCUAGCUGGUUAGCAAGAAGCCCAGUCAGGUUUGGGCAGUGUACAGAAAUACAGCCAAAACAAUUCAUUUUUAAAAGAAUUCUAUGGCAAUAUAUUAAUUACCUUACGGAUUUUGUUUGUUUGUUUGGGAUUUUACCACUAUCAAGUUAAAGCCAUUCAUUCAACUUGAAUACAGUGUUUCACUGUACAUUUUAUACUGUUAGAAUAUAUGCUCUUUAACAAUCACUAUUAAACUCCUGAUUAACUUCAUCUCAGCUAUAUAAUUCUUUACAGAUUAAGUCCUAAGAAAAUGCCCCUUUUACUAAGAAUAUGGGUAAACAUUUUGAUCUUAAAAUAUGCCAUUAUUUGCAAAAAAACCACCCACCUUAAUAGCCCAAGUUGCCCAAUACUUGUCAGUUAGAAGAGAUGCUUAUACUUCCUUUUCUCUCCUGCUUACAGGCAUUUGUUUUCCCUGCUAUAUUGACUGUAUUAGCCCAGACCAGUUAGGUCUGACUUAAGUGGUGAAAACAAAUGAGUAACCAAGAAUUCAGUAAUGGAAGUUAGUGCUUUUCUUAGAAGAAUUCAAGUCACACAUGGCAAGUCUAUCAAUGAACUGUUCAUGUAUUUAGGCUUAAGAGGCACCAUUUAACUUGAGCUCUCCCUUUCACUCUGAUGAUAACUAACACUCUUCUCAUACACAAAAGAACCAACCUUACGCUUGCAUAUUUAGACAUCUUCAGGUACAGGAGCUGUAAACUAGUAGACUGAGGAAUGACAGACCACAGAAGUAGUUACAAAAUGAAGUGCAUUAAGAGAAAGCCAAGACAAAUUUGUAUUUUCUUAAAUGGAAUUGCUGGUUGGGAAGUUAGUCAUGUCUGUCUGCUCCCAUGCUGCCUCAACAGAGGUUGGUUCAUACUUGCAAAGAUCGCUCCAGACACAGGUGUCUGUCUUGAGAACAGACACAAUCUUCAAAACAUCUUACUAGACACAAUGCAAGCUGGACUGCAGUUAAGGGUGCCUUAGUGGUAGCAGAGGGUAUUUCUAAGUUAUCACAAGUAAACUAGUUUCUAGUUUACAUUCAACAAGUUACAGAAAAGACAAAGACUACAGAACAUUAACAACAUUAUACCUUGUGCAUAACCUAGGACUUCACAACAACUACAGCUUUACCUGUGGGAGCCACUGAGAUGUCUGGUAAAUGCAGUCGGGUCUACCUUCUUCAAAAGUCUGGCAGAGCAGAUUAGUCACUUUGAACAGCUGAGAUGAUUGCUGUUCUACAAGGCAAGCAUUUGCCUUUCUACUUUUUAGCAGAAGAUAGUGGCUGGGUGGAGUAGAGGGCAGUCCUAGCACAGCUAUUCAGAUGGCUUUGUUACAAAAAGUUCAGGAGUUUGAAUUUUUACACUUUAAACUUGUGCAAGUUAGUGGUAACUGAACCAUACCAUAGUACUGAUCUUGUGAACAGGAGUCCAACAAAGCUUUCAGAAAAAUCUUCCUGACUAAUCUCUUAAUGAGAAGACACUAUUGUCAGAAUCCCUUUUUUUUAACCUAAACACUGAAAACACAAUCAGGAUAGUGUUUCAGCCUGGUUACAGAUAGUGUAAGCUAGCAAUUUCAUUCAGAAGGCCCAGGAAAGUAUAUUGUACUGUGUAAUAUCUGAGGACUACAAUCACGCUUUCUGAGUCUAUCUACAUUGCAGUAAAAAAGUGGCAGAAUAGGCACCAUGGGCCAUUUUUCAUCCUUCCCAUGUUUUGUCAAGGUUAAGUCAGCUUGUCUUAAGCUCCUCGUAGAACUAGGCUGGGGAUUUCUCUACUGCAUUGCUCAGGGGAGUGAGCCAUCCUUGGCAGAGGACUCUUUCUCAUCUAUACCAAUCUGCAAAUAUUGUUACUGCAGUAUGACUGUACAAGUUGGCUAACUUCAAAGUUACUACACUUAUGCUAGCUGGUUUCAAUAUUGUAAUUGGUAGGAAGGAAAGAGUCAUUGCAGAGGUCAAGUUGUUUUAAAACAAGCCUUCAGAGAUUUAAGAUGAUUUUUUUUCACCACUGAAACAGUACUAAAACUUCACAAGAAAAUACUACUUCAUUUGGGCCCUUAUUGAAGAGUUGAGAAGAUAAUCAAAACAUUCUCAGAUCACUUUGCUGUCAUCACUGCUGCAUUUAUAUGAAGAGGUGACUAGGUUGCAUGAUGAACCUCCUUUGCUCACAAUCUCUGUCGUUAAUCAUGCACAGAUAAGUGGUUCUUCAUAUCUUCAGGGUUUUGAACUAAUUAGGAAAAAAGGUACAGAAAUCUCUUUAAGAGGCAGAAGUGAUAGUUCUUCAUCUAGAAAACAAUCUAGAACACAGCAGGAGAAAUUUUGAAAGGACUGUUAAGUACUGUAUAGUAUAGUAAAAGCUACAGAUAUUGUCCCUCCCCACCACAUGUUAAAAAAUAGCUUCAGUGAUGCUAUACGUAAAAUAGGUCACACUGUAAACAUGAGGGAAAGCUCAAAGAACAAACAAAUUAGCUAGCUAUAUCUGCUACAGGAUACCAUUCAAAAUAUCAUCUUAAAUUUUUUUUCUUUUUUACCAUUUUCAAUCCCUGCAAGUGCUGCUUCCUUGUCCAUUUCUGAUUCAGCUUCAUUCUCAUCUAAAUUGUAAGCAACAUCCCUGUCCUGGUUCAGUGCUUCAUGUUCCUGUUUGUCUGCAAAAGCGUUAAAAUUAAUUAGUUUUAUGCUAUACCAUAAGGUCAUCUGUACGAGAAACAGUUACUGUAGCAACCUUCCACAGAAUUUACUUUGCUGCUGAAUGAAUUGCUGUUUAGUGUAGGUUUUCAUAUUAUUUUUCCUUUUGAACUGUUAAAUUUCAGAGCAGCUUUUGCUGUAAAUCUUAUCUAAAGAACUAGAUAAGAGAGAGAAUCUUUGGGUAUUUGGAAAGUGUAAUAAAAUUCAGCCAGCGCUCAGACAGACAGAAAGGAAAAGCAUUAAACAAUUUCAGAAUACAUUAAAGAACAGCCUAAGGAAGAGUAAAACCUGAAGCCAAAGCUGAAAACCCCGGCUUUUCACAGGCUACAUGGUAGAGCUUUUUCUUGCGCUAAUGGUUGGAUGAUUUUUUUUUUUACCUAAUCUUUCUGCUAUUUAUUUCCAUUGAAAUGGAAGCGGUUUAGGUAACUUGUAUUCACAUCUUUUUGGGGGACAGCUUGCUCUGGCCAGCAUCUUUUUGGAGCAGUUGGAAAAAUACUACUUUAGCAAUGCAGAUGAGAUUAUUUAUCCCUGCCAAGUUAUCAACAGUGUUAACAUCACUACUCAUGAUUCUAUGAAUGCGUUUACUAGAAAAGCAUAAACAGCAUUUUUUGUGGGCAUCAAUUCCUGCUCUGACUGCCAUAAGGCUUCCUCUUGAUUACCCUGGGCUACUGGGUCAACCUGAGACCGUUCCUCAAGACAGAUGGAGGGAUGCCUAGAUUCUGGUCAGGUUUGGGCACAACAUCAAUACUCUGCUGCUCGGUGCUGUGGAGACACAUGGUUCAGGGUCACAUGUGGUAGAUGCCAGAAACUGGCACCUUUGCAAUAUCUGAUCUGCAAUUUUGCAGACUCACAAUAAUAAACUUUAGAUAUAUGAAGUCUUAGGUCAAGUUUUAUUUAUGCUAGCUUAUUUUGAAAUAGGGAUAGCUAGCAUUUACACGUGGACACUGUAAAAGGACUAUCUGCAAAACAUCAAUACUUAGUAUCAUUCUACUCAUCAAUGCUUUGGAUGGUUAACAUCUCAUCCUUUUCAAAUGCAUCAUAUUCUUAUAGAGCCUCAAUACCAAAAAGCUUCAGGGCUAAUUUCCCCAAAUGCUUUGUACAGCCAAUGGGGAGAGAGACAAGAAGACUGCUAUGAUGACACAGAAGAACCCAGCCUGGUAGCUCCAUGUUGCACAAACAGAAGCCUCCAUCUUUACCCAUGGACUGUAGAAGACCGCUGGGGACUGACAAACCUUUUACAUAUCACACUAACCUUUAUGAAACCUUAUACUAAGUCUAGCCAGCUGCCACCACUGUUGCAGAAAUUGUGCCCUAUUCCACACUUUCAUUUCUUUUAGUGUUCUUAACAAUAUGUGACAUGCUACCUACCAGCCUUUCCAGUGGGUGAGUCAUCCUGCUUAGCAUCAUAAUUUAGGAGCUGCUCCCUCUCGAUUUCCUCACUAGCAGCCUGCUCUGCUGCCAGCUGUAAUGCAUCUUGCCCAGCUACAUGUUUUUCAUCUUCAGAUGGAGUCAGCUCCUUCUCUGACUCAGGCAGCAUCUCCUUAUGACCUGCAGCAGCCUUGAGUGAAUCCUGUGGGUUUUUCAGUUGACUAGAAAGCUUCUCCUCUUCUGCCUUAGGCUCCUGUCUUCUGAUGUCAGCUAGGCUGCUUAUUCUUUCUGUAAGCAAUAAAAAUGAUUCUGAGUAAAAAACUUAAUGCCUUUCAGUGGUGGCACAAGUUAAAAACCUUUAAUAAAUACUGCUUUAUCUUUCUCAUUCAAUUCUUGUUUUUCCUCUGAAAAAGUAUCUUCCAACCACAUCAGUUCCAAAGAUAAAAAGAAGACAACCCAUGUUUUUCCUACUGGGAACAGCUAAAGGAUGAGACAUUGUUUACUGUCAACAGGUUCAUGCUUCUACCUACUUAAAAUUUUGGUAUGUGCAGUUAAUAAAUUGGGCAGGUGAAACAGAGCAGUUUAAAUAAAAAUUGCAGAGUGCUAUAUAACCAUCAGGUUUCUGUGUGUUACAUUUCAUUACUAACAAUAAAACUGAUUUGGUGUUCAAAAGUAGCUCAGGACAAAGCAGUCACAUGGGCAUAUUUGCAAGUAAAUCAAGGUAUUCUUAUUUUUAAAUAUGAAGAGGAAGUGCAGGAGGGCUAUUACUUUUAGCAGACAUUACCAUAUCUUUUUUCCUGUGUAUCUCUAUUUUUACUGAAAAAAUCACAAUAAAAUUUGCCUGAAUAAACUAUACAUAGAUGUUGUCUUCAAUUGUUAGCUCUCUGAAAUGAGAGUUGCAUGCUCCCAAGAUUGUAAUUUAAGAUAGCAUGUAAGAACAAUUAAAUAGGAAAUUUAAUUUCUAUCACAAACAGUACUAUGCAAGAUGGACACACAAAGAUACAUCCAUUCAAAUUAAUAGUUUCUGAGAGUUUAGUGCCAAAAGCAACCAUUAGGUUAACUAAUCUGAUCUCCUACGUAUCAUUUCCUUACUUGCAUUUUGCUCAGUGACAACACAUGGCAAGCAUGCAUGUCUGUUUGUUUAAAGCCUAACUUUCAACUAUUCUGUAGGGUAGGGUAGGAGGCUAGAUGUAUCAAACUUAUUAAGAAAGCAAAUACUAAAAGUGCUUGAAAAUCAUUGCUUCCAAAAGCAGGGUAUUUUCUCUGUAUUAAAUGAGGAAUAUGACUCCAGAAUUGUAAAUAUUUGUAUUUUUAUUUACAUGCAACAUGUCAAUUACAACAAAACUAAACCAGUAGAAAUGCUAGUAAUAAAAAUGCUUGAAUAGAUAUGAUACCUCUCCACAGCUGGAAAUUUGAAUAAAGUUCAGUCUGCUGGUGUCACUUUUUCCAUCUUAA